AGCAUUUCCAGGACUAACACAGGUCACCAAGCCCCCUGUCCUUUGCAAACUCUAACUGAAUAUGACUCACAGAUAUUAGACAUUGAAGGACAAGCGUACUGCUUGGUUUAUGCGUCGAUUGUAUUGGCAGAUAUUCCUAAUAGAUUCAUCAUCGAAUAGUCCACAAUGUCAUCGAAGAUCCAGCUAUUUCGAAAUAUUCUCCGUGAACUUCGACAUGUUCGAAAGAAUCAAAAAGCGCCUUUUGACUAUUCACCAGUAAUGCAAUACGUUAUUUCUGAAUUUAGAAACAAUCAUUUAACCGAUGCUCAAAAAUGUGCUAGAGAAAAUGAAAGUGUUCAUCUAGCUGAAACAUAUUUAAAUUAUUUGCAGAAUUUACGAAAACAUUCAGAGCUCGUGGAAUUGUAUAAAUCCAAAGAGAAAACAACUGAAGAAGCUGCGAAAAUGGUUGGAUUAGCUCUACCAGAAACAAAUUAUCAUGAAUAAUAAGAAUACUUACAAUACUUUGCCUAGGAUAUAUUCCAUUGUAUACUUUCAUUGUUAGAUAUUGUUCCUACCAUGAAUUCAUUAGAUACUCGAAUAGGUUAAUAAGGCAGUAUCCAUAUACUUUUGUUUAUAUUGUUUAAAAAUUCGAUUUUAAUCUCAAAUAAUCAAUGGCUAUUCUAUUUGUCUUCAGUAAAAUAGUUCUGUUAGUUUUCGUUUUAGUAAAGUACUCCUGUGUAUUUCAUUGAUUUGCUGACACUAUUGAACAAAAAUAUAAUUCUUUGGUUCGUAGGAAUAUGAGAUGUCUAUAGAAGGAUAGAUUGCAUCAUAAAGUGGUCUGAGAUUCUAAUUAUCAGAUAAGGUUACGUAAUAAUCAGGGAGUUAGAUAACAAUAGAAAGAUGAAAGGUAAACAUAAAAGUCAUAAUAAUAACUGUGCAAUAAUCAUUAAAAAUUAUUGAGGGAUGAUGAUAACUUAUUACGGUUUGAAAUUACAAAACAUCAAUUUAAAAGAAAACUAACGAAAAUUUGCUGCAGAAGGGAAUUAGGGCCAAUAAAGAAUAAGAGAUUGGACGUAUCGCUUUUGCAUGCAGAGUUCUGGCUUGAAUUGGUGGAUCGGCAGUGCAUAAGUUUCUGAUUGUGUAGAUUAUUUUAAAAGAAGACUCCUUCGGAGCAACAUUUCCAGAGUUAAUCAGAUGCUCCUGUAUUGAGCUUGUAACUGUUUUGCAUUCUCCUUUUCAAAGCCAUUCUGGGUAGUGUUCUGAGAUUAUAUUUAUUUAUUUGAACAUAUAAAUAUCGGUACAAUAGGGAACCGAAUACACACAAGUCGCUUGACUUGUGUAUGGGCUGCGAUACUGCACGGGUGCCCAGACCGUAGCAGGUGGUUUUCUUAGGUGGCCACACCCGGAGCCUUCGACCUAGAAGUCUGGUCCACAAGGCAGUGGGGCAGCGUCGGGAGUUGCAGUCCUAUGGUAGCCGGUGACCAACAAUUGGUUCAUACGCCAUUUGUUUCUUCAGGAUACUGGAGCCCAUGUG